GACAUAUUCAUUCACAGGUCUUCGUCUAAAAAACAACGAUUAUAAAAGAUGAUAUUGACAUUCACAGGUUUCCAUGAAUGUCAGUUCCAGCUAUUUCAGAGGGUUUGAGCAAGGUCAGCAUCAUCAUGAUGUCAUCUCCAGCUGGACUCCAGCAAGGGCAGUCUCGCUUCCUUUCCCAGUGGAUGGCGGACAGCUCCCGCGCUGGGGUGAUAUUACAGGGGUCCCCGGGAGAAGCAGGUUCUGGAUCCGUCCGGAGCAGCGGCAGUCUGGUGGUUCAGGAUCCAGACGACUCUUUCAGCUGUCAGUUUGCCCCGCUGCCCCUCUCCCUGAGCAGCAGCUGUGCCAGCGGGGACGUGUGCAGCCCGAGUGGAGGUGGCAAGACACUCAGGGAAACUGAGCUAUUUGAUGCAUCUUUAAACAGUGAGAUGCAAAGUAUCCAAGAUGUUUUAAGAAACGCACGGGAUCUCCCAUUAAUAGCUAAGCUUGAACAGCUGAAGCAAAUGCAACAUCGCAUGCAAGAGCAGCUAAACGCCCACCAGCAGGAACAGCUGCUUAGACUAAACCAUGAACCACAAAGACUUGUGGGAAAAGCACAGAAUACUGCAGAGAUCUGUGGGUGGAACCAGGAACAAAGUGUGGUGGAGUUGGACACUGGACAUAAAGACAGUGAUCAUGAUUAUCAAGAAUCAAUUCAGUCCACGAUUGAAGAUCAAACGAUGUACAGAAAAGAGUGUGACUCAGAGCCACAGGACAGGCCUAUCAAAUUGGGGUUUGGUGGGAGAACAUUUGAGGAGAUCCUAGAAGAGCACCUCAAGAUGGAAGACCAGAAACUGAUGGGCAAGAAUGCUCCGGCUGAAAGCGUGAAGGUAAAGAGACCCUUUCUUAAACGAGGAGAAGGUCUGGCCAGGUUUACAAGAGGAAAAGCCACUGUCCCACCACACAGAAAAAGUCCACCUAACCACAAGCCCUCCUUAUGUCCAAUUCCAAAAGUUUCCCAAGACCUGGACAUGAGGUCCAACAAGAACUCUGUUAAAAACAAAACCAAAGGCUCAAAGUUCACACAUCCUGUGAUCCAACGUAAGACUGCUGUAAUCAACAAAGAGAACAUUUCUCAGAAUAAAACCACAGCGCCAGUUACCAAGAUGACUGUUCAGCCUCGUGUUCUUAUCGGACACCAGAGUGAGAAUAUGAACCCCAUCCCCUCGUCCAAGCAGAAGAUCAACAGAGUCACUACAAUAGACAGCAAUAAGGAAGGAUCAUGUAGUGGUGUGGAGGAUAAUGCAUGUGUUGCAGAAAACUCAUUUGAGGGGUGGUUCGCGGAGCGGAGGGAGCAUUGGGAACAAGAUCAACAACGGGAGUGUGCUGAACUUGGAGAGUUUGAGUUGCUGGAACGAGCAGCAGAUGAAAUAUCCUCUAGCAACUCGUCCUUCAUCAGCACCCUCCUUCAGAGAGACCGCAGGCGUCUCUCCUCCACACCCAUCAAAUCGACCAGUCAAUCUGCUCUACCUAGCCGUUGUCAAGGUUCUGCAGUAACUCCUGAGCCCAUGUUGGGUCAUAGUGUACCAGUUCCUCCUACAAACACUACAAUACAGAGAGAUGUCAUUAGCAUAGGACCAAAAGAACAGAGAGGGUUCUCCAAAGAGGAAACCGAUGAAAAGUUGGAUGACAACUUAUUGUGCAGUAAUUCAGGGUUGAAACCCCUCCCCAACAUGUCCAAUCCACCCAUAACCCACUGCUUUGAAGUGCCUACCACUCUGCCUUAUGAUAAACUCACCUAUCAAGACAGGGACGGAGCCAGCAGUCCAGAGGAGGACGAGAGGAGUUUGAGUAACAAUGGAGACUCUACCCUCAUACAUUCAAGGGCCCAAUUAGAGUUUGAUGAUGAUGAUACCUGGAACGAACCUGAAGAGGAGUCCUGUUGUCCUGCAGAGGAAUCCCCAUCAGAGAGGGCUCUGAAAAGGAAGGUUGCAAAACCAGCAGGUGGCAGUCCACAUGCAGUUGGAAAUGGGAAAGAAGCACCACCAACAUGCCAGUUGGUAUCAAAGCUGUUUCCAGCACUAAAGCCUAAACCUUCUCCUCCGGUAACAGUGGAGCAGGUGCAGGAACCACAGAAGAAGCCCAGUGAAGGAGGAGCAGCUCAAUCGAGACUUCUUCGUGAGCGUUUGGUGGAGCUGGAAACAGAGAUUGAAAGGUUCAAAUCCGAGAACUCGGCACUGGCCAAACUAAAGCAGGAGAACCAAGACACAAGAGAGAAUCUCAAGAAAGAGAGGGCUGAAUUUGAAAAGAAGAGUGUGGAGGAAAUUGCAAAGUGCGAGGAGCUUAAAAGGGAGGAACAUAAGAAACUGCAGCGUGAAAGGAAGCUUUUCGAAAAGCAUGCAGCAACUGUUAGAGCAAGACCUGACAAACAAGAACGAGAUGAGAUCCAGGCUCUAAAGCAGCAGUUGAAUGUGCUGCAUGAGGAGAUGCGCAAACGAGAGGCUCGUUGGAGCAACACACAGAGCCGUCUCCGACAGCAGGUAGACACUGUAAGUGCAGAGAACGCAGCCCUCAGAGACCAAGUGCGGAUGCAGGAGAAACUGCGCCUCAGUGCAUGGAAGAGUGCUGAGAAGGAGAAGGAAAAAGAAAAGUUCUCUGUGUCUGGCAAAAGAACCAAUAUUGGAUCCAAAUGUACAGAUUCCAGGAGUCCCUCUCAGAGUUCAAAAAAUAGCAGCAGCAGAAAGGGAAGUCCAGAGACACAGAUCCCUCUCCCAAAUUCAGAUUUUUUCCCUGAACAAGUUAAAGAGAGCAUCAGCUUCAAAUAUGAGCUUAGUCCAGUGGAAACCCAGUGUUCGGAUGGACUGGUUAUGACUGAGAGGAACCAAGAUGCUCCACAUAACUCUCUCUCUGCCACUGAACAGUCAGAGAAGGAACAGGAAGAGAUCACCCAGUCAGACAAUAAGAUUGAGAAGGUGCUUCCUGAUGGAGGCAGACUUGUUGUUUUUCCAAAUGGCACGAGGAAAGAGCUUUCUGCUGAUGGACAGACGGUUAAAGUCAUGUUUUUCAAUGGAGAUGUGAAACAUACCAUGCCUGAUCAAAGAGUGAUUUAUUACUAUGCAGAAGCUCAAACCACACACAUUAACUACCCAGAUGGGAUGGAAGUGCUUCAGUUUCCUAACAAUCAAACAGAAAAACAUUUCCCUGAUGGUCGUAAGGAAAUCACUUUCCCCGAUCAGACGGUUAAGACUCUUUAUCCUGAUGGAAGAGAGGAAAGUGUUCUCACUGAUGGAACAAUAAUACAGCUGAAUCCGGAUGGCAGUAAGGUGAUCCGGUUUAACACAGGUCAGCGAGAGAUCCACACUGCAGAUUUCAAAAGACGGGAGUAUCCAGAUGGUACGGUUAAAACGGUUUACUCAGAUGGACGGCAAGAGACACAAUACCCUACAGGACGUGUAAGAUUAAAAGACGCACAGGGUCAUGUCAUAAUGGACACUAAGGCAUGAAUAUUGAUUUAUUUUAAAUGAAAGGAAAAUAAUGAAGUUGAGUGAAUGUAUUGUGUAAAUGUGUAAAAAGUAAUUUCUGUAAAAAAUAAAUCUUUUUAUGUUGUGUUUAACAGUUAUGCAUAAGGUAAUAGUUUUAAAUGGUACUUUUAAAGGGAUAAAUGGGCUUGAUGCCAUUAGAUGAGCUGUACUGUGCAGUUGAUUAGACUAGCAUUAUUCAUAUUCCUCAGAGAGAAUAUGGACAUUUCAUUCAUAAUGUUUAAGGUACUUAAAGGACAAUGAUUUAAGCUUAUGAACUGUGAAAAGGUUCUCUGGAU